AUGAAUAAUAACUCAGUAUGCAAGAACUACAAAAAAUUCAUAGGAAACUCAUCUCUGGAGCAGAACACGGGAACGGGUCGAAGUACAAAGAUGUCCGGCUCAGAGGACUUCCUUCAAGGCAAAUAUAACAAGACAUCACAGAGGAAAAGAACCGUAUUCACUGAUGAACAGCUGGAAGACUUGAACAUCUUGUUCAGUAAGAACCCGUACCCAGACCGUGACCUUCAGGUAGAAGUAGCCUCCAAAAUGAACAUAGACCCCACGGUGGUGCAGGUCUGGUUCAAGAACCACAGAGCAAAACUCAAGAGAGCAAAAUCCACUCAAGUUCCACCCCCGCAGGAAGCUCAGCACCAGACACCCCUGGAGGACCCAGUCACACCCGACUCCUUCCAGGCGCCAGUGGAAGCACCAGCCAGAUACCAUGACGCCUACCCCCAGGGCCUCACUUACCCGCACCUCAGCAUCUACCCCAGGCUCAAAGUCCCCAGGAACCCCUCUGGAGGACACCAAAUCAUCCACUUCGGCUGCUGCGAAGACACCACCAUAUACAACCUCUACCCGCUCUGGGACCCCACGGUGCAGCCAGGACCCGGCUCUGCCGCUGCCUCUUUCUUUGCACAAAGCAGACAGAACCAGAACGAUUUCCAGACACAGAAAUAA